AUAAAUAUAGAUAUAUGAGCAUGUAUGCAUUAUUAUCACUAAAUUAUUUAAACCAAUUUUAUAUUAAUAAUUGUGUAGUUAGACCAAUCCAAUUGGCAACAUCACCCAAACCUUUUUAGGUCUUUAACAUACUUAGUUGGCAAUAUUAGUUUAAGAACUUGGAUUUCAUUCCAAGGAGUAGGCUUUAAAUUUGCAGUGUUCUAUCAAAAUAUUGGGUGCAAUUGUUUUAAAUAUAAAAAUUCAUAAAAUCGCAAAGAGCUAAUCCAGAAGUAUGACUGGCACGAGAUUUGCACGCACUGGUCGUUGCCGGUCUCUUGUGUGUCUGGCUGUAUUGACCGUGAUGCUGUGUAUGGUGGCGAUUUUUCACAGUUCACAACAACAAUUGGACGAGACACGCGAACAACGUAUGCGCUGUGAAAGACAGCAGGAGCAGUUAAAUGAACAGUUGCAGAGUAUGGUCGAACAAAAGUACAAUCAACAGAAAACAUUAGAACAAGAGCGUAAUGACCAAAUGGAGGCACGCCAAAGUUUGGAGCAAAAAUUAAAGGAGCUGAAUAUUUUACGUACAAACGAGCAAAACGAUAGUCGCUUACGUUAUGAUAAGUUGCAACAAGCACAUAAAUUGCUCAAAAGCGAGCACAAUGAAUUGGUAACUGAAUGCCAAAAGAGCAAGAAAGAUCUUUUGGAAAAUACCAACGACUUGGAGAAGAAAUUACAUUCUCUACGUUCCGAAGCUGAUAAAGAAAAGAGUGUACUUAAAAGCGAAAUUACGUUGUGGCAGGAAAAAUAUAACUCCAUAAUUGCCGAAAAAGAACGGCUUGAAAGCCUACUCGACGUGUCUGGUGUAAAAUCUGAAUUACAAAACAAAAUUGUCAGCCUGCAGCAUCUAGUCGCCCAAUACGAACAGCACUGUGACUACAAACCGGAAAUGAAAAGUGACAACGAAAAGCCUCUGAAUCCGCCAAAUAUUCCUCAAAAUACUAGUCCACAAACAUAUAUCGAGAAGUCAUUCAAUGAGCAAGUGCGUGUGAGUUCUGGCUUAUAUCACAUCAACAUAAAACUAACUAACAAAACUGAAGAAGUUGCACCGUCAAAUGCAAAUACAGCUAUUUCUAGUACUAACAAUACAAACACAGCUAAAUUUAAUGAAGCUAACGUUGAUGAAAAGGGGAAUGAAGAUAAAAAUGUAAUUUUAAAAGUUGGUAGUGAUAUUGUUGCUGGUAGUGUUGGAUUAGACGGUGUCGGUGGUCUUUUGCCUUUUCUCUCGCGUAGUAAUCGCAGUUUAAUAUUAAAUUCUGUUGAAAAUUUUCAGAUUUUACCUAAACCAAUUGAAAAAAUAGCAGACGGUGGGGACAUCGACGGUAAAGUGAUUGAUCAAAUGCACCAGCCACCGUCUAACCAAUCUGAAGCUUCAGCCCAGAGUAAGCUAAUAUUACCUUUGAGCGCACCUCGAAAAGCCGUUACAACUGAGUCCUCUAAGUCCGAACACCAUGUACUGGAAGCGAAUGCUCCUGCAAAGCAAACGAACAGCUCUUCAACUACCAGUAGUAAUUUUCCGCCUUUACCAAUUCCGCCGAAUCCUCGAAAAUUACCGGAAAAUGUAGCACCGAUACCAGCAAAUUUUGAAGAGCUUCUUAAAGAAGAUCGUGUUAACCAGAAAUCGGAUAUUUCUAAGCAAAAAAAAGCAAAUGCUGCAAAAGAGGGGCAGAAAAACAAUAAUGAUGGAGCUAAUAACAAUAGAUAUGCAAAUGCUAUAAAUGAAAUGGAACCGAAAGCAUCGCGAAAAGAAUCGGUUAUCGUACCCGCCAACGCAGCAAACGAAGAUUCUGGUGCACACGAAAUCAAGGAAAACGAUUUUAUAAACGAUCAAAAUUUCAACUUACCAGGCAAUGAAGACAAUAACUUCUUUGAUGGAGGAGCUAAAAAUGAUGCGGCAGGAAAUGCUGAUGAAAAGCCCAAAGGUGAUGAUAAUGAUGACGAUGAAGGUCUUGUUGGCGCUGUAGAUGCAGGAGAUAUAGCAGUGAAAAAUCAUAAUUUGUUAGACACUAAUAAUUUAAACAAUGAAGUUGCUGGUGAUCAGGGAAAGGAAUUUCCUGACGAAUUACGUUUAGAAGAAAACAACGAAGAGGAUGAAGAUGAUGACUAUUCCGAUCCGGGAGCAAGACAACAAGGAGAACAAGCUAUUAGAAAUUAGGGAAACGUCAGCUUAAUUAUGCAAUUAAUAUACAUACAUACAUAUUAAGGCGAAUUUCGCACUAUACACGUCAAUCAACUUGUAUACAUUCGAAUAGCAAAAACAAUUUUCAUGCGACAUAUUCACGCCUCAUCUACUACACAUUAACACAUACUGAAAGGCAAGUUUGAAUCGCUUGCUAUUAUUAGAAUGCACAUCAGGUUUAAAACGCCCAGUAACUAUAGCAUAUAGUAAGGGGAAUUUUAAUAAUUUACAAAUUUGUGUGGCUCUUCAAACCAUUUUCAAAUCACUGGUUUCUGUGAUAAUUUUCAAAGGAUCUACAUUUAUUGAUUUUCCUCUCAACCAAGUUGCUCUUUUGCUUCCUAUACAGAAACUUGCCUGCUUAUAUGCAUACUUAAGUUUAUACUUACUCAUGUAUUAUUAAAUUGUCGUUUUUAUAUGGGAAUUUUCUUUUUCUAUUGUCCUUAAAAAAAAUUAUAUCAUCAUUUAGGAAAGUGUGGUAUACUCAUGUGGACAAAUACUAUUGGCAGCUAAUGCUAAAAUAUUUAUGAACAAAUGUUUAAAAUAAUGGCAUGUUUAGAUAAAUUCUACACCCAUCAAAAUAAAAUAUUAUUUACAACAACUUAUACUUAAGUUUAUAGUUUUUAGUGAUAUACUGUAUACAUUAAAAUGUCAAAUUUAAUUAAAUCUUAAGGAUGUCUAAUUUAGAUUAUAUAUUUUCUUAUUCUCCUUAGCGUUUCUAGGCAGAAUUCAAAUGAAUUUAUUACUUAAGAAAAAAAAGUGUUUUCUAAAUGUAAUCUUCUUAGCUAAGAUGUCAAAUAAAAUUUUCAAUUUUAUUUUAUU